GGAGGGGGGGGAGAAGGUAAACACGGCGUCCGGCCCUGCCCGCUGACCAAUCGGGGGGGCGGGCGGGGGGCUCCGAACCUGACGUGAUGGGACGCGGCGCGGCCGUUCCCCGGCACGAGCGCGCGGGGCGCGGGGCGGGCGGCGCCAGGCGGGCGCUGAGCUCGCUCUGCUCUCGGCUCCCCCCGCGCAGCCCCGGCCCCGCCGGCCCCGCCGGGCCGCUGCCGCUGCCGCUGCCGCCGGUGCCGCUGCCGCUGCCGGUGCCGGUGGUGCCGCUGCCGCUGCCGCUCCCCGCCGCCGCCGCCCGCCCCCCGCCCCGCCGCCCUGUCCCGCUCGGCGCAGGACGCCCCGCCCCCGGCGCCCGACGGCGGGCAGCGGCGGGGAGCGGCGCCGGGAGCAGCGGCUGAGGGCCCCGGGCCCCCCGCGGGGCGCGGCCGCGGCAUGUCGGCCGUGGCCUACGUGGACUUCGUGGCGGCGCAGUGCCUCGUGUCCAUCUCCAACCGCGCCGCCGCCGCCGGCACCGGCACCGGCUCCGGCAGCGGCAGCGGCAGCGGCACCGGCAGCGGCGCUGGAGGGGGCAGCGGCAGCGGCAGCGGGGCCGCCCCGCGGCUGAAGGCGGCGGGCGAGGGGGAGGCGGGCGCCCGGGACCCGCGGGACGCCUGGCAGGACUACUGCGCCCUGCUGGCCAUCGCCAAGAGCCUGCUGGAGCUGAACAAGUACCGGCCGCUGCCCGCCCCCUCGGUCUGCAGCGACAGCCUCGAGAGCCCCGACGACGACGCCGGCUCCGACAGCGACGCGGCCACCACCGAGCCGGGCUCCAGCCCGCCCCGCAGCCCCGCGCCCGGGCCGCCCCCGCGGGCGCCCCCCGACAGCGCCAGCGCCGCCGGCACCGCCACCAGCACCGCCGCCGCCUCCUCGGCCGCUGCCGGCGGCGGCAAGGGGAAGCCGUCGGGCGAGAAGCGGCACAAGUGCCCGUACAGCGGCUGCGGCAAGGUGUACGGCAAGUCCUCCCACCUGAAGGCGCACUACCGGGUGCACACAGGCGAGCGUCCGUUCCCCUGCACGUGGCCCGACUGCCUUAAAAAGUUCUCCCGCUCCGACGAGCUGACCCGGCACUACCGCACCCACACCGGCGAGAAGCAGUUUCGGUGCCCUCUCUGCGAGAAGCGCUUCAUGCGGAGCGACCACCUGACGAAGCAUGCCCGCCGCCACACCGAGUUUCACCCCAGCAUGAUCAAGCGAUCCAAAAAAUCCAGCUCUGGCUCCUUGUGAAGGCAGGGCCGGCCCGGGGAGCGGAGCAGGGGGUGCAAGGUGCGUCCGGCAACUGGGGAUCAAGCAUUUGUAGCCGGUGUUCAGAACAUAAGCACCUUGUGCUUCCCACUCACGCCCUCCCCCUCGCUGGGAGCAGCCGUGUUGAUGAAGGGGAUUCCGGGCAGAAGGACGGGACCGCCGCCUUCUGCCAUUCGGCGCGUUGAGACUGGCGUACGUACGUCUCACGGGAUGGUCCGGCCAGUGACACCACCGUAGCGUGACUCUGAGGUCUUUGUGAUUGCUGUGUCAUGAACAUGUUUUGUUGAACAAUGUAAUGCUGCUUGUGUUUUAGAGUCUGUCGAGUAAAACCACUUUCCGAGUCACAUAAGUAAUUCUCAGAUAUAAAAUCCAUAGCACAUUGUAGAAGUGGGUUUACUUCUAUAUUUCAGAAUGAUCCUUCAUUUAAAAAGACUGUUAAGAGAAACAUUACAUGUUACUAAUAGCAUCUGAUUGAUAUACUGAAAUAAGGUGAAUUUAUACUCAAGAAGACCCAUUAAAGUAAGGGGGUCUUUUUAAUUUUUCUUUGUAUUAACUAUACUUUUGAAUAUAAGCUGCACUUUUCCAGUAAAAACAUGUAAAAUUCAAGCAGAUACUUAAAGCAAAAAACACCAACACAACCACUCAGUCAUUUUCUGACCAUACGUGUAUUUAGCUCUGUUGUUCAGUUACCUGGAAAAAUACAAGUCAGCCUACAUAACCUGGUGGGGGGGAUGAGGGCAGAAACAUACGUCUCUCAAUUGAUCUAUAUUUUCAUUUGUCAAUCAAUACAGUACUGUACUAUAGAAAUGCCAGUAACAGUUCGUUAUUCUGCUGUGUUUUGUUUGACUGGAUGGAUUACAGCAGCUACCAUCUUUAUAAACUGCUGCUUUUUUACAGGUUUUUUCUCUUCAUACACUUGCCUUAAAGAUUUAUUCUCUUCAUACACGUGCCUAACUCCUGCCACAUCCAAUGGGAGUUCCGUGUGCUUAUGGAGAGAGUAGACCUUUCCUUAGGAGCACUCUGCUAAUGGAAACAGUUAAAUUUAUUGUAAAAGAGCACUUCAGAAGGGCUCCCGUAUCUCUUGAUCACUGUUUCUGUAGAGUAUGAGGGAAAACCAUGAGCUAAUUGGAAAUACAACACCCAAGGUGUGUCACAAUAUUCCUUCUGGCAUCAGCUUCCCUAAGUACCUUCAGUCAUACCUGUGUCAUGCAUGACAUGCCAAAUACCGAUCAAGGCAAUAUUAUGUUUAACUUAAAGCUAUGUUUUGCUCUCUAAAAGGAGCAAAAAGAUCACCGAAGUUGAACUUCCAAGUCAUGGUCAUUGUGUGAGUAUUUCAUCUUUUUUCAUGUUAAAACCAUGCACCAUACCAGGUUACCAGUGAUUUUUUUUUUCCCUUCCCAGCUACUUUAUAAGGGGAUAAUUAUGUUUACACAUUUCUUCCAGAAGCAUUCUUCUGCUGUUCUGUUUUUACUCCUUCCUCCAGAAGAGGAAGGGGAGGUGCAGCCCUACUAUAGAGACUUAGGGCCCAAUUCAUCUCAGGAGUAAUCACACUGAAAUCUGAAGUAUUUCCACUGCAGAUGAAUUUAGGUCAUCCUGUAAAAUUCUGUACAUAAAGAUCCUGUUAGUACAGCUGCAGUUACCGUAUCUUAUUGUUUUAAUUGAUAAAAAGCUUGCUUCCUAGAAACAAACGUUAAAAAAAAAAAA